CCGCCCAAAUCACGCCGUCACAUUGAAACUUGAACCCUGCCCUCUGGUAACCAGUCAGAGUAGGGUGAAAGUACCCAUAAAAUAAAUCAACAGCCUCGCAGAUAAUUUGUGUUACAGUAAUAAGCUCUAAAGGUGUCUUGACUUGAUUUGUUCGUUUGUGAAAACUUCGACAAAGUUCCUUUACAAGACAUGCAGCCCGAUGUGGGGGUACGGCAACGACACCCUCUAGGACAACCCGUACAAGUAGCGGAGGAGCUCGACACUUCUGGACGCUCUGAGACGACUUUGACAUCGGAAAGCAAUACCUUGGGAGCUUCAGAACCCGCGUCGAAAAGUUGGUCGAUCCUAGGAGCCGGCCGUCAACUUUUGUCGAGACUAACCCAUCCAUUCCACCACCAUGAUUCAGAGCCGCCGUCAAUGAUAUGGCAACAAGAGUAUGAGAAAGUCAAGCAUAGGAAAAUCGAGGAUUCCCCACCAUACAUGCCACGAUUGGCGGCUUUGCAAGAUAGCAACGAUAGCUUUUGUAUCUUUCGCAGAUUCGGUCCCGCAGCAGCCCGUCUCCUAUUGAACAAAGAAAUAGAAUUGGACGAUAUAUCAAAGAAGUUUGACGCCCUCGACCAUGCCGACGAUAGUGAUCCGAACAAAAGAUACAGGUUGAAAGGCAUCGAGCAUCAUGAAAGCUGGGACGAUGAGCAACAGAAGUUAUUGAAGGUACUCGAGGAGAAGCUCAACGUAUAUUAUGAUCUCUUGUUGAAAUAUAGUGAUGUCAGGGAUCUCAAGCCUGCUGGUUUUCGCAACCAUCGAUCUGUUUACAACUAUGUCGUCAGAAAUAGACCGUUGUACGAAAAAGAAGCCGCUUUCCUUCACGACGUCGACGACUUCGUCUCUAUGAAGAGAUCUAGCAGCAAUGAGACCCAUAGCAGAGUUGAACAAUGGCUCGAAUCAUACAUUGCUAGACGACCACGAACUUGGCUUCAUAACUUUCUCAAAAACAGUCCCGAAGGAAGGAAGAGUUCAAAUCAACUUGUUCAUGGCUUUUCUAAGAAUCGCCUUGCGAUACUCGCAAAAGUCGUCGUAGCCUGCUUGGCCAUGUGCACGCUCUUUAUCCCAAUACUCCUGAUGUUUCUGGCAGACCUGACUAGAACCAAGAUGGCCUGUGUUCUGGCAAUCUUCGUAUUUAUCUUCAUGAUUCUGAUGUCGGUUCUCGUUGAUUUGACCCCUCACGACUUUUUCAUCGUCGUCGCAGCUUACUCUGCUGUCUUGGUGGCACUGCUUUCCAAUCUGACUCAGGGCUCCGCAUCUAGCGCCUCCAAAUAGGGGAACUUUGCAGAGAGCAGCAUUUUCUGCCAUGGAUUAGGACGGUACGUCUAGGCCUUGCUUCUCCCUGAGUAGGAAAAAUGAUCGAGGCGGCCCUGUUACGGCUAUUGAAAGCUCAGAGAUGUUGAGAGUCUGCACAGAAUCGAGGUCUUUGAGGGUCUAGCGUUGAAAAAUCUGAUCGUUGACCGCCUUCGCUGGAAGGCGUCCAGCAUCUCGGUCCUGGCUUUGUCAUUAUGUCACGGUUAUGGAGUAUAAAAGUCAUGAUGUUUUCGGACUUUGUCAAAGUCUUUUGAUAUUAGAUUCCUGGAUACUUGAGG